CCGCCAGUUCGAGUGCGACUCUCGCUUGAGCAACAACGUCCGAUGGCAACGCCUGCCUUACUUCUGACGCUGCUGGUGGCAGUCUCGUCUGCCAUUGCAACGGAACUGACCUCUCCUCGCGCCAACGAAGUCAUUGAAACGUAUGGCUUGGAAACUUCUCUGAGAAGCAGCCUGUUCUCGACGUGCAUCAAGCAAGCAGCUUCGCUGACGGGAAGUCUCUGGUUGGUAGUCGUAGGGCAACAAGGCUUCCAGCAGGUCACAAGCUCAAGUGCUCAGAACAUCACAUGGCAGGUCGCUGACGCUGCCACGACUCUCUUCGCUUGUGCCCAGGCCACCGUGGACGCUGCCAAACUGAUGUUCAAGUUCAAUGGAGGGUCCUGCAUGGUCGCCAUGAAUGGUUUCUAUGAUCCUGAGAAUCAAGCGUGCGAUGGUCAGACGGUCUACAUCAGCUUAUAUGGUAACAGUGGGUGCGUCACUCCUUUUGGAGGGUUCUUGGAUGGCCAAAACAUAACGAGCGAUGGAAUGUGCUACUCGACGUGUGUUGGAAAGACGGUAACUGUUCAAGAUGGAACUGAAGUAGCAAUCCCUUCGGAUGGAGCAGUAUCUUGCAUUGGAACAGAAGCAAUCCCCCACAUCCUCAUCGUAACAGAUGGGUCUGCGUCAGCGAGCUUCUGUGCGGCAGCUACCACAUGUGGGUUGCUUGGACUCGAGCUGGCCCAAGUAGACACGGAGGAGAACCUGAAUGCCGUAAUGACAGCCGUCGCCACGAAACCUGGGACACCGGGUUUCUGGGUGAAUGUGCAAUACAUCGACGGCGCUUGGGUCCACAUGCCCAGCAGGACUCCAGUGGCCGCUGACAUGUGGGAUAGUGCUGACACCACCACCUGCGUGGUCAUCCAGCAGUCCGGAAAACUCGGGUCUGCGCCGUGUAUCGCUGCACUUCCCUACAUGUGCGUCGACACCACCAAGACCACCAAGCCGUGUGAGACUCUCUCAGAGAUAAAAGAAUGAUGUGCUACGGCUGAGCUGCGAGGAAGACGCCGAAUCAUGUCAGAGAUAAAUGACCCUAAACUCGUAUAGUUAACAGCUUUGAUAAAUGUACUUCAUUGUUAGUUUUACGAGCUUGGACUAGGAAAAACCCUGUCAAAAUUCGAUAAACUAGAUGGCAUGAUUAUCAUCAGGAAAAUUAUUAUUUUUAUUCAAAUUAUUGGGCCAUGGUUGAAAUGUUUUUUUUUUAAGUUUUUGAGAGAAAUCCUAAUCUGGCUUCCUUGAAAUAAUUGGACGUAUGUAAAAGAAGGUUCAGCUCACGAAACGAGUGGCCAUCUAUCCGAAACUUUCUUCGUAUUUAUGAUCAGUAUUACCCGAAGAAAAUCCUUCUCUGUUUUUUUUUUGUGUUUAAGAUGCAAAAUAUUUAUUGGUCACUCAUCCCUCCAUAGCUUUCAUUUUUUGCUCAAAUAUUAGGGCCAUCCGGUUAUUUUUCUAGAAUAAUUUCAUGGGAUAUGCCUUACUUCAUAGAAUAAUCCCUCCUGGUUCCAAUUACUCGCUGGAAAUUACUCAUUCGUUCGUGCAAGUAUAGGGAAUCACUUUCCUCGAUAUGAUUCCAGGACUAGUUCUGCACAAAAGAUACGAAGAUGACAUCCUGAUCGUAAAUGAAGCAAGUAAACUUGAUAUUCACUCAUUCCUCAAGGACUUAAAUUCCCUCCAUGAGUCUAUCAAACUGUCGUAAGCGAAAGCCGAGGUAACUCAACAUGAGCUUUAUUCAACAAGAACGCAACAUCCUGGAACAAAAUAACACUACUAUAAAACAGGAAAACGGCAACGUAAUAAGAAUAUAUUGAUAUGUGAAGGUCUUACACAUAACGAAACUAUUUACAGAAUACUUACAAGGAGAACAGUAGUUGUAGGUCUUGAACGUACAAGAGCCGAGUCAAUGCUAACAAUUGUCAUUAGUUCUAGAGCGAAGUAACUUACUAAUAGGAACUAUAGUACGGAAUACUAGGUACAUGCGGGCGUUACAACAGAAAUU